AUCGCCAGUGGGCGCGAGUGGUACGCGGCUGUCAACUGCUAGCUGUUCACCCCAAUAUUGUGUGUAAGUCCAGGUUUGGGAAAAACCCCACGCCAAGAUGUCACGUCCGUUGUCAGACCACGAGAAGAAGAAACAGAUCUCGGUGCGCGGACUCGCUGGGGUAGAGAAUGUGACAGACCUCAAGACCAACUUUAACCGGCACCUGCACUUCACGCUGGUGAAGGACCGCAAUGUGGCCUCUAAACGGGAUUACUACUUCGCGCUCGCCCACACCGUUCGCGAUCACCUGAUCGGGAGGUGGAUCCGGACGCAGCAGCACUACUAUGAGAAAGACCCCAAACGUGUGUACUACCUCUCCCUGGAGUUCUACAUGGGCCGCACCCUGCAGAACACCAUGGUGAACCUGGCACUGGAGAACGCCUGCGAUGAAGCCACGUACCAACUGGGUCUGGAUAUGGAGGAGCUGGAAGACAUGGAGGAGGACGCUGGUCUCGGAAACGGUGGCCUGGGACGUCUCGCCGCCUGUUUCCUGGACUCCAUGGCCUCCCUGGGUCUGGCUGCAUACGGCUACGGCAUCCGCUACGAGUUUGGCAUCUUCAACCAGAAAAUCAUGGAUGGCUGGCAGAUGGAGGAGGCAGACGAUUGGCUGCGCUAUGGAAACCCCUGGGAGAAGGCCCGCCCCGAGUACAUGAGGCCCGUCCACUUCUAUGGGCGCACGGAGCAUCAUCCUGAUGGGGUGAAAUGGGUGGACACUCAGGUGGUCCUGGCCCUGCCAUACGACACCCCCAUCCCCGGAUACAGGAACAACAUCGUCAACACCAUGAGGCUGUGGUCUGCCAAGGCACCCUGUGAAUUCAGCCUGAAGGACUUCAACGUGGGCGGCUACAUCCAGGCCGUGCUGGACAGAAACCUGGCGGAGAACAUCUCCCGUGUGCUGUACCCCAACGACAACUUUUUUGAGGGGAAGGAGCUGCGUCUGAAGCAGGAGUACUUUGUGGUCGCUGCCACCCUUCAGGACAUCAUCCGCCGCUUCAAGGUGUCCAAGUUCGGCUCCAGGGAGAUUGUGCGCACAGACUUCAACACUCUGCCUGACAAGGUUGCUAUCCAGCUGAACGACACUCACCCUGCCCUGGCGGUGCCCGAGCUGAUGAGGGUGCUGGUGGACGAGGAGAAGCUUCCCUGGGACAAGGCCUGGAACAUCAGCGUGCGCACCUGUGCCUACACCAACCACACCGUCCUGCCUGAGGCCCUGGAGCGCUGGCCCAUCGACCUGUUCCAGACCCUUCUGCCCCGCCACAUGGAGAUCAUCUUUGAGAUCAACCGUCGCCACAUGGAGCGUGUGUCCUCUCUGUACCCAGGGGACUUUGACCGCAUGCGUCGCAUGUCCCUGAUUGAAGAGGGCCCGCAAAAGAAGGUGAACAUGGCCCAUCUGUGCAUCGUGGGCGCUCACGCUGUCAACGGCGUCGCCCGAAUCCACUCCGACAUCCUCAAGGCCACCGUGUUCAAGGACUUCUAUGAGCUGGACCCCCAAAAGUUCCAGAACAAGACCAACGGCAUCACCCCCCGCCGCUGGCUGGUGAUGUGCAACCCUGGCCUGGCGGAGGUCAUCGCAGAGAGAAUCGGAGAGGACUUUGUCCGUGACCUGGACCAGUUGAGGAAGCUGCUGAAGUUCGUCAACGACGACGCUUUCAUCCGAGACAUUGCUAACGUCAAACAGGAAAACAAGCUCAAGUUUGCGGUGCACCUGCAAGAGCACUACAAGGUGAAGAUCAACCCCAACUCCAUGUUUGAUGUACAAGUCAAGAGGAUCCACGAGUACAAGAGACAGCUGCUUAACUGCCUGCACAUCAUCACUUACUACAACCGCAUCAAGAAGGAGCCCAACAAGCAGUGGACCCCCAGAACCAUCAUGAUUGGCGGAAAGGCGGCCCCAGGCUACCACACAGCCAAGAUGAUCAUCAGACUGAUCACAGCCAUCGGAGAGGUUGUCAACAACGACCCUGUGGUGGGCGACCGUCUCAAGGUCAUCUUCCUGGAGAACUACAGGAUCACUCUGGCUGAGAAAGUCGUUCCAGCAGCUGACCUAUCAGAGCAGAUCUCCACGGCCGGCACAGAGGCCUCGGGCACGGGCAACAUGAAGUUCAUGCUGAACGGCGCCCUCACCAUCGGCACCAUGGAUGGAGCCAACGUGGAGAUGGCGGAGGAGGCGGGAGAGGAGAACCUCUUCAUCUUUGGCAUGAGGGUGGACGACGUGGACGAGAUGGACAGGAAGGGAUACAAUGCCAGUGAGUUCUACAACCACCUUCCUGAGCUGAAGCAGGCCAUUGACCAGAUCGCUGGCGGAUUCUUCAGCCCCAAGCAGCCCGACCUCUUCAAGGAGAUCGUCAACAUGCUGAUGCAUCACGACAGGUUCAAGGUGUUUGCUGAUUACGAAGACUACAUCAAAUGCCAGGAGAAAGUCAAUGCCCUGUACAAGAACCCUAAGGAAUGGACCAAGAAGGUGAUCCAUAACAUCGCUGGCAGUGGCAAGUUCUCUAGUGACCGCACCAUCGCCCAGUACGCCCGAGAAAUCUGGGGUAUGGAGCCCAGCCUGGAGAAGCUGGCUGCUCCUGAUGAGCCACGCUAAAUCAGCCUCUCUGUGACCCCCCCCCCCCCCCCCC